CAAUCGGAAACCCGACAUUCUAUUUAUAGACGCGUGUCGCGAUUCCUGCCUUCUUCGGGCAUGCAUUUACAUGUAGACAACAUAUUGUUGCAACAAUUGAUGUGUCUACGAUUGCCUCCUGCUGAUAGACGGUGAAAUGUAUUUCAAGAGGAACAUAUCAAUGAUCAAAAUCUCGAUUUUAUCCUUCAUUGUCUUACGAGAGAGCUCUUUGCAGGGAUAAAUCUGCAAACCUGUUAUAUUAAAAGUAAAGCCGAAUGGUGUGCGGAGCUUAACCUGUAACACUUCCGUGAAUACCUCCGUGAUUGCAGUUUUCAGCUACAGAAUGCAGCCGCUAGUGAGGCUGCUCCGGCAGGCAGUGAGAUGUCUGUUCCUUCUCCUCCAGAUGCUCCUUCAGCCCCCUCUCUCUGCGAUAUUAACCUGGUGGUACCCAGCCACGACCGUCUCACCAGUCACUGAUGAAGUACUGCUCUUGAGUGCAGUGGAGAUUGCUGAUCGUAUUCGAACAAAGAAGGUGACCGCUGUUGAGGUGAUGCAGAGAUUCAUACAGCGAGUGAAGGCGGUCAACCCAGUGGUCAACGCUGUUGUAGUGGACAUGUUCUCGGAAGCCUUGGAGGCAGCUGGAAAUGUUGACAGGCAGCUAGCUGAGGACGACAGUUCUGUCAAAAAUUUACCACUGCUGGGAGUGCCACUGUCUGUUAAAGAAGCAUUUCAAGUAAAAGGUAUGCCAAGCUGCUCUGGUCUGUGGACAAGGAGAAAUAACAAGGCUCCAUCAACGGCUGCUGUUGUGAGACACCUCAAGGCAGCUGGAGCCAUUCCCUUUAUCCUCACCAACACCAGCGAGCUCUGUAUGUGGUACGAGUCUGCAAACAACGUGUACGGCCGGACAAACAACGCCUACAGCACCAGUCACAUCGUAGGAGGAAGCUCAGGAGGUGAAGGGUGCAUCCUGUCCACGGGAGCCUCCGUCAUGGGAGUGGGGUCGGACAUCGGGGGAAGUAUACGAAUGCCAGCUUUCUUCAAUGGUGUGUACGGACACAAACCUUCUAGAGGUGUUGUUGACAACAGUGGACAGCACCCUCCUGCCACAGGGAGUCAGGUCGACCUGCUUGUUACGGGGCCGCUCUGCCGCUAUGCUGCUGAUCUCUUACCUCUGAUGCAGAUUAUGUCUGGGGAUGCUUCGCAGCUUAACUUGAAGAAAAAAGUGGACUUGAAGGAGCUGAGGUUUUUCUCAAUGGAGAAUGAUGGAGGAGGGUUGCUUCAGAGUAAUGUGAAUCAAGAACUGGUGGCGGCACAGAAAAAAGCUGUGGUGUAUCUGGAGCACACACUGGGUGUACGAGUGACCACACUGAACUUGAGGCGGAUGAAGUACAGCAUGGAGAUGUGGUCAGCCCGCAUGACAUCCUCCGAUGGGACAACAUUCAGUGAGUUCAUGGCUGGUGAAAAGGGAUCGGUUAAUGGCUUGUACGAGUUGUUCCGCUGGCUGAUCGGUAGGUCCCACCACACUCUUCCAGCCAUCAUGCUGGCUGUGAUAGAGUGCUUCACCCCUCUGCUGGAGGGUAGCAAUGCCCAGUUCCUGAAGAUGUUGACAGAGUUUGAGAAGGAGAUGAGGGAGCUGCUUGAUGAUGGGGGAAUCCUCCUGUAUCCAUCACAUCCCUGCUCUGCCCAGCUCCACAACCAGCCACUCUCAACACCAACCAACUUCUCCUACACGGCCAUCUUCAAUGCACUGGGUCUGCCUGUCACACAGUGUCCUCUUGGACUCAACAAGAGUGGGCUACCAGUCGGGGUUCAGAUAGUGGGUGGCAUGUAUGAAGAUCGGAACACUAUAGCUGUGGCUCAGGCCCUGGAAGCCGGGCCAGGUGGCUGGGUCACUCCCGGACAGAUGUGAGCCGUUAUAUCUUCACUAGACAGCAAGCAUUCAUCAGCCUUCAAGAGCCAGUUCUUCUUGUCAUUCUGGGGCCAGUGAUAUUUCGGGAGGAUAAGUCAUAAUUUUCUCCUGUUCCAUCUGUCAAAUAAUAUAUGUCCAACUUAUUUCCAAUAUAUGACCCUGCUAGUCCAGACAACAAGCUUUCCGGACAAUAACUGUCAGGGAUGAAUCUAGGAUGCAAAGACACUUUAUGAAUUAAAUCUAUUAUGAGCAGUUCUUAUCCAGAUGAUUUUGCUGGGAAUGGUGCGGGUUAUGGUCAACUUUAUAUUUGUUUCACAUGACAGUAUUCAUUUUUGAUAGUUGCUAACUUUUGUUCAAUUACGAUUUUGCAGUUGACACUUACAUUGUACAUGUUGUAAACAGCUGAUGUAAUGCAAUAUUUUGAGUAAAUCAGUUUCAUACUUUGCAGCAUUACACAACUACAGAAUUAUCAAUGAUCAAAACAGUUUGCUGCUGAGUAAUGCCACACAGGACUUUCUGUUAUUUUCUUUGUUAUGCAUACAAAAUUAAAUGUUUUUCGGGCACAUUUUCCUCAAACCAGAGGAGGUAGGAAUUAUUUUUUAUUUAUUACCUAUAGGGUUAGAAAUAUCUGAGUUCAUAAAAUCCUAUGUGCACUCGUGCACCAGUCUAUUGUGUUCAUCAUCUGGAUGGCAUUGUUGACAUCUUUUGAAUCUUAUUGUGAUGUAACGUCAGGAUGACGUCACACUAGAAGUGACAUCACUGCUGAAGAUUGGUGCGACUUUCUACAGUUGUGUUUUUUAAGAUGUUCAUCGUGAUCAGUGCAUGUUUGUAAAGGAGAGCUCAAAAAGAUUAUGAAAUAUAGAAAUUGUUACAUUCGCAUGUGUGUCAAACCGAUUUUACGAAACUAUGUAUUAUAUAUUAACAUGGGAAAUAAAAGGAUUCUGACACCCGUUUCAUAGAAUCAGUAUGACGCACAUACUCGUAUAAAAAUAUCUAUUUGUUUGUUGAAAACAAAAGUGAUGAAGGAAGAGUAUGUUUUAUUCUUGUCCCAAGACUAUCUGUUGUGAAUAAUAUUGAAUACAACACAAUAAGGGAUGAUUUUUUAUUUCCAUCGUUUGUCAAUGUUUUAUAUGUGCAUGAUCUGAAACUGGUUGUAUGUAUAGAUGAAUAUUUUGUGUGUCCAGUUGAUGAAGAUCAAGUCAUUUCAUCUAAUCCUGUUAUCGACCUGAACAUUGAGAUAUCAAACAUCAUCAUUCAAAUAACACCUGAUCUGGCCUUUCUUGUUCACUGAGAUGAUAUAUUGUAAAUCCUUGAAUAAAUGCCCUACCGGUACAAAGGUAGAGUCAACUGAUACACCGAAAGAAAUAAUUGUGUGCCUUGGAUAAACACUUUGUCUAACAUGGGGUAAAAGUAUAAUGAUUACAUAUUACAUGUAAUAACAUCCCAAAAUCUUUCCUUGAUAUAUGUGAAACUUAGGAACAGACAUUUUAAGGAAAAUUGAAAACACCUGAUGCCAACUCUAUGCUCAAAAGUAGGUGUAUGCCUCAAAUAAACACCAGGUCAGGAUAAUCCAAGACAAUCAAACCUCUGGAGCUUAUUCAAGGAUUUACGGUUUUCCACCCACUCUUGUCAGUUUGAGCGCUUAACAUGCUCAAAUACUGGUUGGUUGUUAAUUUGUGUUUUUAAGUGGUUUUACAAAACAUGUUAAGAAUGGUUUAAUAUGAGGAUUAUGACCAGAUGAAACUUUGGAACCCCAUAGAUGGUAUUUUUUAAGCCUGAAAACAGGGUGUGUCAUGAUGAUGGUUUUACAAAACAGCCCUGACAAAAUAGCUGACAUGUUUGUUGUUUGAAUUAGUAAAUAUUUUAUAACUUUG